AUAUAGUUAAUAAUAUAGUAACUAGAUGUAGAUCUAGAUCUAGUAAUUUUAAUCUAACUCAAAACUAACCUGUCACUGAACUGUCAGUGUCAGUGUCACCUGAGUCUUGAGUGAAGCCAGUGAAGGUGAGGGAAAACAUUGAAGUCUACUCUUUCUACAAUGCAUCAUGGAAAAGAAAACUUUUUUUGUAUUUGUUAUUUUUUCAACAUGUUUACCACCAUCAGAACAAUCUGAAUUUACAGACAAAUACAUUUAUGUUGGACACAAGUUAAAAUUGAAGUGCAAUAUUCCAACAAAAUAUAAAAAUUGUUCUUCCGAACUUCUCAUGUUUCAAAAGGAAAGACCAUUUCAGAUAUACACAGAAACAAGUUAUGAAGAUAUAAGUAAUGCUUCUAUUGAAUACAAAAGCUCCUCCUCAGUAACACUUGAGUAUCCUAAUGCCAGUAUCCAUGAUACUGGGAUAUAUCAAUGUGUUUUAAAUUUCUGUGUGGAUCAGAAUAUUACAAUAAAACAAUAUGAUGUCAAAAUACAAUAUAAACCAGUAAAUGUUAUCAACUUUACUUGUCAGCUGAUUGAUUGGGACAAAUAUUUGUUUUGUAGUUGGAAAUAUCCAGUUCAAUAUAACUGGGAAUUAAAAGAUACAAAAAUAGAAUUCCACUUUAAAACUGAUAGUCCCAGCAAAGCUAAAUUGUCAUGUUCAAAUCUGACUGUUAACAACUGUACCUUGUCUAAUUAUGGAGGAAGCGAUUAUUAUGAUUUUGAGAUAUUAGUCAAAAAUACAAAAACAAAUUAUACUUCUUAUUCUAUGUAUAACAUAGAAACGGAUCAAGUAGUGAAACCAUCAGCUGUGAAAAGGAUGAAUUUUUCCGAAUCAACUAAAAACGAUUGUUUUAAUGUUUCUUGGAUCUAUGAUUAUUAUGACUUUCCUUUAUUUGAGAAAUUUGAGCUGCGACACCAAGGACCAAAUGACAAGGACUUUAAAGUUAUUUAUGUCAAUCGAAGAGCUUGGGAAGAAGUGUGUAAUAUGAAGCCAUACACAAUACACAAUUUCACAGUUAUCAGCCAUGCAUCACCUUCAAACCUAACAAGUGAUCCCAUUUAUUCCUUUUAUGAAACUCCACAAAAAGCUCCAACACUAGGACCACAAGCAGUGAAUGGAAGCUAUACAACUGACCAAUGUAAGAACAACAGUCGUUCUGUAACAGUCUACUGGAAGAGAGUUGAACCCAAUGCAAGAAAUGGUAAAAUAACACACUAUAUUGUGAGACAUGGGAAAACAGCCAGGACAGUUGGACCAUAUACAUAUCAGACUUCUAUUGAAAUCCCUUGUUAUACUCUGGAAUUUAUAGAAAUAGCAGCUGCUACUAUUGCUGGCCAAUCAGUAAAACCAACGAUUUUGUCUAUUGCACCCAUUGAUUUCAAAGUUCCAUCCAGAGUAGCUGAGUCAUUAGCUAUUGAAGAGACUUCAUACUUGGCAACAUGGGAACCUGAUGCAGCAAGACAAUCUGUAAAUUAUACUAUCUUCUGGCUUGAUGAUCCUCUAGAUGACUGUCAUGGGAAAGAGCUACACUGGAAGCAUAUGGAACAAAACAUAAACAGUUUUUUGAUUCCCUACAACCAAAGUCAUAUCAAGGUUGGAAUAGCAUUCACUCACAACAUAACAUCUCCUAUUUUCUGGACUGAAUGUAUCUACAAUGUAAAUGCUUCUCUUGAUGCACCAACAUUUGAAGUGAGUGUCGCCAAAGAAUCAGUAACUGUUACCUGGGAAAAGAUGCCAUGCUCUAAAAAGUACAAUUAUAAAGUGACUAGUUAUGUUGUGGUUUACUGUUUGGUGACAGACUGUCAUGACACUAAAAUUGUCAGUACUCUAUCAUCUUACACACUAAAAAAUCUUCAAGUGGAUAGAUCGUAUAACAUCUCUAUGUGUGUUCAAGUUGGAAAUAGAACUGGACCAUUGUCUCAAUGGAAGACAUUUGUGACUCAUGAGUACAGGAAUGAUGAGAAUUCCAUUUUAGAAAGAACAGUACCAUUAGUGGUGAUUGUCAUUGUGUUUCUGUUGAUAUUUGCUUUGUUUUGGUGUAUUAGGUUGAACUGGAGAGGACAUCAAAAGGCAAAGAAAUUAAUGAAAACUGAUGAGGAUAGCAUGACAGAUUUAAUAUCUGAACAUUCUUCUGGGGAAGAUAACAAGAGUUUGAGAUCUAUGAGGCAUCCUGAUCCUCAAAUAGAUGUCAGUAAACCUUUAAUGUUGUCACUGCAUGCACCAAAGCAUGAGGGUUUAAUGAGUGAGGAGUCUCAACCAUCUCAUACUUCACUUGUGGAAGAUUUACUCAACAGCAUCAACCCUCCAACUAGUUGCUUACCUACAGCUGACCCAACACCAUCAUACUCUGUGAUUUCAAGUACUAGCUUUGAUAGAAUUCAGUGGGAGAAUGAACUUCAGAAAAGACAGAAAUUACCAAACUUCAUUAUGAGGGACUUAGAGACAAACGUAAAACCUUCAUGCAAGGGGAAUGAGCAGUUUGACAAAAUGGACUUUAUAGUCAAUGAAAGAGACAUUUCUAGUGGGGUUAUUGGUCACCAGGCAGGAUCAAGCACAGAUGAGAAACUCAAUAACAGCAUCAAGUUUGGUGUAUAUGAUGAUUGUCCAACUCAGCAUUAUGAAAUAAGGAAUGAAGACUAAGACUAAGACUAAGACUGCUUUAUUGAUCCUUACGGAAAUUUGUUGUGAUUACAAGGACUCGUUUCUCAUAUAAAGACAACACAACAGAAAAAUACACAUAAAUACAACAGACAACAUAAAGAGUUCAUUCAGCGACUACACACAGGUAUCUUGGUGCAUUUCAUGUUCCCUGAUCAAUGAGUGGCGGUGAUAGAGUCUGACCGAGUGAGGUACGAACGAGUUUUUGUACCGCUCCGUUCUUGUUUUGAUUGACAGCAGUCGCCCACUUCGCGACGACCUGGCGUAGUUCUGAUGGAGCGGGUGGCCGUUGUCUUCCAAGAUUUUUUCGAUUUUUCUUAGGCACGUUUGUUCAAAAAGUUCCUUUAAAUGUGGUAAUGUUGUGAGUGUAAUUUUUGAUGCUUUUUUAAUGAUGUUUUCUAGACGUUGCAACAGUUUAGAUGAGGCGUUGCCUUGCCAACAACUUAUUCCGUAUGUUAGCAGAUUUUGUACUGUCGCGCCGUAAAAUGUCUCAAGGAUCUUCUUGUUUAAUUUAAAACUGUUGAGUUUGUAUAGAAAAAAGAGUCGCUGGGCUGUUUUCUUUGUCAGAGUUCCAAGGUGGUCUUCCCAUGAAAGCUUGUUGUUGAUGAUAAUGCCUAGAUAUUUAUAUGCCUUUACUUGUUCUAUAGAUGUAGUGUUUAUUUGCAGUUCACGUAUAGUUUGUUUUUUCUUUCUAAAAUCUAUUAUAAGUUCUUUAGUUUUUGUUACAUUUAGUUCUAGAAAGUUGUCGGUGCACCAGUUUGUAAACUCUUCUAUCGAGCUUCGAUACUGAGUUUCGUCUCCUGAAAUAAGACCGACUAUGGCAGUAUCAUCAGCGAAUUUAAUGAGUUUAACUGAGUCAUAGAUGCUUCUUAUGUCAUUAGUGUAAAGAGUGUAUAGCACAGGAGAAAGUACACAACCUUGUGGAGCACCCGUACAUAGUACUCGAGUUGACGAUUUGGUGUUGUUGACUUUAACAUACUGGGGCCGUUGGGUUAAAAAGUUUAGAACCCAUGCUUGCAAGUAAGGGCUUACAUUUAAGUUACUCAGUUUGUUUAUCAUUAGAUGUGGCUGUAUGGUAUUGAAAGCCGAGGAGAAAUCUACGAAGAGGACUCGUGCAUAUGUUUUGGGUAUAUCGAGAUGCUUAUAAAGCUGGUCCAAAAGCAAUAGAAUGGCAUCCUCAGUUCCUCUAGCUGCUUUGUAUGCAAAUUGGUGAGGGUCUAGGCUGUUAUUGACUUUUGCUACAAGUUGUUUAAGAAUAUAUUUUUCAAAACAUUUCAUAACAAUAGGUGUUAGUGCUACUGGGCGGAAAUCAUUUAAGCAAUCUAUUUUUGGUUUCUUAGGCACUGGUAUGAUUUCUGAAGUUUUCCAGAUGUUUGGAAUUACGCACGUUUGCAAUGACUGGUUAAAGAUAUGACAGAAGAUAGAAGAAAUUUGCUCCGCACAUAGCUUGAUCAGCUUGCCACUAAUUUUGUCCGGUCCACAAGCUUUUGUUACGUCUACUCUCUUAAAUAACAAUGUCACUUCAUCCUCCGUUACAAAAUUGACGUAGGGCUCUUGUUUUCCUUUGGACAGAGUGUUGAAAAGUUCUUUGUGUAGUUCAACAAAAUCUUCUUUGUCAAAACGAGAAUAGAAAUAAUUUAGUUCGUUGGCGAAUUUCUCAUCAUCAGCCACUAAAAUUUGUUUUCGUUUUGAGGCGCAGCCUGUUAUUUUCUUUAAUCCCUCCCAGCAUUGUUUUGAGUUGUUCUUUGCAAAGAAAUUCUCAAUUUUUUCUUUGUAUGUUUUUUUCCCUUCAAUUAUUGCUUUUCUCAGUUUAUUUUUAGCAUUUAUAAACUCUUCGUUGCUAGCCUUAUACUUUGUUUUCUUUUCAGUAAUAAGGUGUUUGAUUUUUUUGGUCAUCCAGGGCUUAUUGUUUCCAUAGACUUGUAUUGUUUUUGUUGGAAUUGUUAACUCCUCGCAGAAUGAUAGAUAUGAGGUAACAGUUUCUGUUAGUUCGUUUAUGUCUGGACAGUUCUCAAUAAAGAUUUCCCAGUUAGUUUUCUCAACGCAUCCUCGUAGUUUUUCUACAGCCUCUUCAGACCACAUCUUGACCGUUUUUAUAACUCUCUUUGUAGUUUUAAGAGUAGGUUUGUAAUUUGGUAUAAGAUGGAGUAAUACAUGGUCAGAUUCUCCAAGUGGGAACAAACUUUUACAUUUGUAAGCCUGCUUAAUGUUUACGUAGCAUUUGUCGAGCGUUCUGCCCUGCCUUGUGGGGAGGGAGACAUACUGGCAAUAGUUUGACAGUGUGUUGUCAAUAUUUAGGUUGUUGAAAUCUCCAGACAUAAAGACAUUAUGGAAAGUAGCCAAUUUACUCCAGGUAAUCUUGACUAUUCUGAUGCUUCUUGUGUAUCUAUGACAUGUGGUCAAAGCUGUGUUGAGUUAGAAGUACAAAGUUUACCCAAAGCAGAUAUCUGUCAUGCUGAUGCAUGUAAAGAUUAUGUUACAUUCACUGAGCAAGAUAUUUUGUUAAGCCAAACAUCAACAGACAGUGAGUCCACUAAUAGGGAUACUUGUAAUGCCUACAUUGAAGCAGAAACUCCUGAAACUAGACCAUUAAACCAUGAUGCAAGUUGUAUUGAUUGUACUGACUACAUGAGACAAACUGAGGUCACUUUACUAACAAUUUCUUCAGAACAUAGUGAGAAUAAUAUGAACAGUGAUCCAGUGAACACACGAGAGAUUGUCAUAGCUGUAUUAAAUAAGCAAAAUUAUGAAGUUAAUCUGAUUAAACACACUCCUCCUGUCAACAAGUUAAGCCAGUUAGAAAACUGCUCAUUUGAUGAAUUGCCUAAUUUAGAUCAGUUUAUAAAACCUGAAAAAUUACACAAAGUAAAUAGCACACAAUUUGAUGAAGUGCCUAACAUGGACCAAUCCUUAAGUACCAAUGAAUUCAAUAAUUCAGAAAACAGUUCUUGUAUUAUAACUAAUGAAGGCCAAUAUGCAAGUUCUAAUGAAUUAAACCAAUCAGAUUACAAGUCUCAUAAUAUUUCUCUAACACAAGUUCCAGCCAAUCGGAUACAUUCCAGUUCUUGUAUUAUAACUAAUGAA